GUCAUGUCUGGCAGAGGGAAAGGAGGCAAAGGACUGGGCAAAGGCGGAGCCAAGCGGCACCGUAAAGUGCUCCGGGAUAACAUCCAGGGCAUCACCAAACCGGCCAUCCGCCGUCUGGCUCGCCGUGGCGGCGUCAAGCGGAUCUCGGGUCUGAUCUACGAGGAGACCCGCGGGGUGCUGAAGGUUUUCCUGGAGAAUGUGAUCCGGGAUGCGGUCACCUACACUGAACACGCCAAGCGCAAGACGGUCACUGCCAUGGAUGUGGUGUACGCUCUGAAACGCCAGGGCCGCACUCUCUAUGGCUUCGGCGGCUGAAAUACUCCCACUUCCUCCCGAACACAACACAAAGGCUCUUCUAAGAGCCACCCACCGCCUCACAGAGGGAGCCGUGUCCACAACCUUUUAAUUAUUUUUAUCGAUAUAUUUGGCUGAGCUACUUUUGAAACAGAUUAAUCCGUUCGGCUUGAAAUAUCCCUGCGAUUCUGCCUUUUCAGUCGGUGAUUACGGCAGAAGCUCUGAAUGCAUUAAGAUCGAUCAGCAUCCCCUUGUCCGUCUCGGACAGAAAUCAGUUCCCUCAUUCAGAGAAACGAUUCUGUAAUCAUCCAUUUAAAUCUUCACUGAGGCAAUUAUAUAUAAAAUGAAACAAAUUGUAGAAUCCGUGAUACAAUUAAUGGUAAAUAAUAUAAAAAGUAAUCAAGCACCGUUGCUGGGUGCUCUGAAAUCGGCGGGCGAUUUGAAUUUAAUCCUGCGCCAAUCACACUGUAUUCUGAUAGCAUGAAGUCCGACCACCAGUAAAUUCCUAGAAAUCCUUCACUUUGGACGUGGUGUCUGAGGGAGUUUUCUUUCCCCUCUCUGGAGCUCUGUGUUUCGGAUAAACCGUUGGAAAUUGCCGGGUGAAGUAAAGUGAAGGCGGAGCUGGACGAUGAGAGGCCGCUCUCGGCUCUGUCCGUCACUCUGACUCUGUCUCCUCCCCUCCCUGCCUCUGUCUCUCUGCGCGUUUCUCGGGCGGGAGUAGUGGCAGAGGGUUGGAGGAUCGAUUAUGUUAUCCAGUCACGUAAGAAAGGAUCGAUGGAAAACCAAACACAAGACAUUGUUCAGAUUCUGGACGGUCUCGGCCUGAAACGUCGGCUGUUUACUGUUUCUCACAGAUGCUGCCUGGCCUGCUGAGUUCCUCCAGCACUGUGCGGGUAUCGCUGCAAGGAAAAGCCUGGGAGCUGAGUCAGGUCUGCUGCUGCAGUUCAUUCAUUAAAGACUCGGCUGACAAUGUCAAUGCCCGGCUCAGCAAAUAUGCAGAUAUCACUAAAGUGUGAAGAAUGUAACCAGCAAUACAACAGGACGGUGGUCAAUGAGGUCAGUGAUUUGAGUAAUGGCAUAUAAAUGUGAGAAAGAAAAUAGGUGCAGGAGUAGUCCAUUCGGCCCUUCGAGCCUGCAAACAAGAACAAGAGAUGUUCCGUUGUCAUUGACGAACCAGGGCCGAACUGCCGUGGGGAAUGGUCGGUCCCUGGGAGUGCUGUAAAACAGAGAGACAUCGGGGUGCAGAUAUCGAAUUCCUUCAAAGUGUAAACACAGGUCGGCAGGACGGUGAAGGUGGUGUUUGCCACACUUGCAUUCAUCGGGAGAGUAUUGGGCACUGGACCGUGACGUCACAUUACAGCUCUCCCAGCCUUGGGGAAACCACUCUUGGAGCAGGGCGUACAGUUAUAGUUGCCCAGUGAUCAGAGGGUGACAUUAAACUGGAGAGGGUGCAAAAGGGAUUUAACAGGAGGCUGGAUAGGCUGGAACAUUCUCACCAGAGUGUAUGUGGCAUUAGAGAGGCUGAUAAAAUAAUGGCAGGCUUGUUUUUCAGCCUUCUUGUAUGGAUCAAGCCUUUGUAUUAUGGGAAACAAGAGGUAUAACAUGUUUUCGUGAUCUAUUUUUAGACAACAGCUUUAUGUCCUUUGAACAGCUAUCCAAUAAACAUAAUUUGUCUAAAAGUCAUUUUUUAGAUACUUGCAAGUUAGAAAUCUUAUGAAUAAUAUAUUACAGACUUUUCCAAAAUCAUGUCCAAUGGAUAUGACGGAAUUUUUGUUAGCUCUGAAUCCUUGCUGGAAGGUUUUAGUAGCCAUCAUUUAUAACAUGAUCAUGAAAAUACAGCCAGAAGUACUUGAAAAAAUUAAGAAGGAAUGGGGAAAAAGAACUUCACUGACUUAUACCCACAGAGCAGUGGGUGAAAAUUUUACAAUUAGUCAAUUCUUCUUCUAUUUGUGCUAAACAUGCCCUAAUAGAAUUUUAGGUUGUACAUAGGGCUCACAUGUCCAAGGAUAAACUUGUUCAAUUUUAUUCUUAUGUUAAUCCAACCUGUGACAGAUGUCAUUCUGAAGUCGCUUCAUUGACCCACAUGUUUUGGUCUUGCCACUGUUUGCAAAAUUAUUGGAAAGAUAUUUUUGAUAUUAUUUCAACAGUUCUGAAUAUCAAAUUGCAACCACAUCCUAUUACUGCAAUUUUUGGUUCACCAAUGGUGGAUAAAAGUUGUUUAUCCCCUCAGCCCGGCAGAUGAUUGCAUUUGUUACAGUAAUGGCUAGAAGAUCUAUCCUGUUGAACGGGAAAUAAAUUAAUCCUCCAAUUAUAUUUCAGUUGUUUUCUCAAACUAUUUCUUGUUUGAGUUUAGAAAAGAAAUUAGAAGUGUUGUUUUUGACCCUUCAGUUAAAUUUGAAGAAACUUGGAGACCAUUUAUUCAACAUUUUCAUAUGAACUCAUCUGACUUUUCCUAAACCUUACUCUUAUCCUCCUUAAUAAUCUGGAUGGAGGUGUGGAGUUAUUGAUGCUACUGCGUAUAAUUGAUAUAUAAAGCAAUGGCCCAUGUUGGUUCGGUUUUCUUGGGGAGGUUUUCUUAUUUUCUCCAUUUGCUGUAACCACUAUGAUUUUGGGAGGUUAUUACAUAUGGAUUAUGAUCCAUUUGUAUUUAUACUUUAACCUAUGUACUCUCAAGCUCUUUGUAUUCAUGUUUAAUUUA